CGACAGAGGCGGAACACUCGUGGCGAGACCGAGAGACGAGACCGAAGCGCACACGCGUGCACGAGUCAGGUGCGGCGCCGACGAAAAGAACCUUUUCCUAUGACGUGGAUUCGAGAGACCAAGGCUUGCGCGAGAACGGCCACACGCUCGUUCGCUCAGUUGUACCGGGUGUCCUGCACAAUCGAGGCGGUCGUCGCACGAUAAUCUUGUGUCUCUCUCUUUCUUUCCCCGUGUGUCUCUUCGCUUUGCUAUAUAACCGAGGAGGAAGAAACACGCUCGCCGAGGCGAAUGCGCGAAAACGUCGCCAACGACACAAUAAGAAGACGGCGCAAAACGCUUUUUCCGACAAACAUCGUCGUGCCAGACCGCCCGAAGUCUUCGGUCACGACAAUUAGCGCGAGCUGCACGCUGGACGGGCAAUUCAAGCGACGCGAAGGUGCGUGUAUGAAGGUGAGCUCCGUGCGGUCGACGUUCUGUGAAUUGUCGAGGAUUUCGAAGGUCCUUAUGGUAACCGGAGGACGAGGCGGAUAUCUCCCCAACGAGUUUCAAGGGUUGAAGGGCUGGCGGCGCCGGUGGAUUCACUCGGCCACUACUUACAUUUAGAGAGACAAUGGCCAGCAGGAAGAGCGAAACUAUCCUGCGUGAGGAUCAAGUAGAUGACGAUUGUAGGAACAACAGGAGAAGCAGUAACCAUAACAACAACUAUCGCUCCACGAGCGCCGCCAGAAAAGAGGGUUUGUCAAGCAAGAUUCAUCAUGAUCAGCCACAGAAAGCCCCGUUGGUCGGCUGGCAAAAUGGCAGUCCCACUAUUUGCUCAAAUCCCAUCGUCAGGGGCGAUCUCGACGACGUUGGUCCGUAUUCGAGAGGCUUUAAUUUACGCCAACCUAGUCUGGACUCGACGCAGGAAGAGCCGCACGACACUGCGAUCGAGUUGUUCGAGUCAAACGCGCCGAUCAAAACGUCGGAGCAAAGUGGUGCAUUGAACAACAUUCAAGAAUCGCUUAUUUAUAGGAAGAAUCAUGAUAAAACGGUGCGAAAUACUGGUGCUACGGCGAAUCAACUACAAGUCAAGAAAUCUGGGGAUUGCGAAACUAUUUCGGAACGGGAGGAAGAUUCUUCGGAUACCAGCACGAAAGAAAAGCAGAAAGAAAAGCCGAAGGUGCCGGAUGGUGGUUGGGGUUGGGUGGUUGUCGUCGCCUCCAUCAUCAUAUCUAUGGUAGCCGACGGUAUCUCCUUCAGCUUCGGUCUCCUUUACAUCGAGUUUCUUCACGAGUUUGGUGAAUCCAAAUCUAAAACCGCCUGGAUCGGCUCACUCUUCAUGGCCGUGCCACUUCUAUCCGGACCAGUCAUGUCCGCCCUCGUCGAUCGUUUCGGUUGUCGCUUGAUGACUAUCGUAGGCGGACUGGUAUCGGGAUUGGGAUUCAUAUUAUGUAUCUUCAGUAACACCAUCGAGAUAAUGUACUUAACGUUCGGCGUCAUCGCGGGUCUCGGUCUGGGUCUGUGCUACGUCACCGCAGUCGUGAGCAUCGCCUUUUGGUUCGAUAAAAAGCGCACCCUAGCUGUAGGUCUGGGUGCUUGCGGCACCGGCAUCGGUACUUUUGUCUACGCGCCGAUGACUACCUACUUCAUCAAUGAAUACGGCUGGCGGGGCACCUGUCUACUUCUGGCCGGCACAUUCUUCAACAUGAUCGUCGCGGGAGCCGUGAUGAGGGAUCCGGAGUGGUGGAUACUCGAGCAGCGCAAGCACCACAACCAAACGGCGAAAAAAUCGAACGCUGCACGAUCGGACGGUGUGAAGCCAGACGGAAGUCCGUUGAAUGAGUUUCCGGGGGUCGAGGAACUCAGAAAAUUGUUGAGAAGCGAGCACGCGCCUGAAUACCUUUUGCAAAAUUUUAGCACGAGCACCGAAGCGACCGACGGCGCGAAGAGACGCACAACGAGCGUUGUUAAUCUGCCAACUUUUGUAAAGUGCAGCGAAAAAGUGCCUUUAGAAGUGUUGGAGUCAUUGCUGAGCAACUCUAAACUCUACAAUGUCAUUCUGGAAAACUACCCCAGUCUUCUGCUGUGUAGAAGCGUGUCCGAUAAGCAUCUCAAUGGGAGAGAUUCAAUACAUAAUUCUAUGGGAGAGAUUUGUACUAAUAAAAGCGGAGUCACUAUGUCAAUGAGGCUUAAACGAGCAUCGGAACCGAGAACGAUCACAGAACAAAGGAAAGAUUCUUGUCCGUCGUCCAUUCAAGCUUCGACGAAGCCGGUUAGAAGAACAUCUCGAAAAGAGACAGAGGAGACUAAUCCGUUGCUGACGAAAGAAGUCGCGCACACGGUCGGGCCGGCAGAAAGAAGAAAAAGAUUGACUAGGCGUCACACCACAGACGAGCCGCAGACUAACGUUAUCAGGACGGACUCGAUACCUUGGCUCAGACGACAGUUCAGUACAAAUACUCAUUAUUUCAAGGACAUCCGGGUGCACAGAAAUUCCGUCAUGUAUCGCGGCGCUUCCUUGAAUCUGCGCAAAUACAGGCUGAGAGCGAGCAGUUGUCCUAACAUCUAUAGAAAUAGUAUGAUCACGUUGGAUAAAGAAGAAGAACAGAAGUGGUAUGCCGAGCUGGUGGACUUGUUGAAGGGCAUGGUGGAUUUUUCCAUGUUUCUCGAAUUCCAUUUCCUGCUAAUGUCAUUAUCGACGAUAAUGCUGUUCACUUGGUUCAUCGUGCCGUACUUUUAUCUUGCGGAACAUCUGACUAGAAAUGGUUACUCCGAGGCCGACGCCGCUAAUCUUCUCAGUAUUAUCGGCAUAACCAAUACUAUUGGAAUGAUCGUUCUAGGUUGGGCCGGCGAUCAACCCUGGAUGAAUGUUGAUAAGACGUACGCUUGGUGCCUAGUCGCUUGUGGAACGUCCACCUUGUUGAUGUCCGUGUUCACUCACUAUUACAUAUAUCUAUUAAUAACCUCAGCGUGUUUUGGCAUCUUCUUUGCCAGCUCCUUCAGUUUCACUCCUGUUAUAUUGGUGGAGUUGAUCCCUCUGGAAAGAUUUACCACCGCUUACGGCCUUACCUUGCUAUGCCAAGGAAUUGGCAAUCUCCUUGGACCACCUUUGGCUGGAUGGUUCUUUGACAUUACGGGCACGUGGCAUCUGUCUUUUCUCAUGGCUGGCGGUUGGAUUAUUGUCUCUGGCAUCCUGAUAGGUAUUAUACCGUAUACAAAGAAUAGAAAAAUCUUCGGCAGUGGACCAAUCGAGAGGGAACGAACAAACGACGAGUGCUUAGCAUAAAACAAAAUUAUAUAUUUAUUAUACACACAUAUAUAUAUAUAUAUGUAUAUAUUAUAUAUAUACAUUAAAAAAUUGAAAUUGUGCGUGCGCACUCUACCGUCAAAAAUAGAACAAAACAGAUAAAAUCAUCUUAGUGGUAAGUUAGUUUUGUUCUUAUAUGUUUCAUUUUAUUUUUUAUCAAAACAAAAUAGAAAGUAAUUUUAGAGCAACAAUAAUUUACCACUGAGAAAUAUGACACUUAUUAAUUCUAACAAAAAGACAUAGUUAGAAAAGAUAAAGUUUGAUUUAAAGUACGAAUCUCAUUACACUUACAUCGAAUGAGAAAUACGUCAAAUGCAGUUUUUUUUUUAAGUUUGCUACAUGUACUCCCUUACGGAAAAAACGUUCAACUUGACCGUAAACUUGCAAUAUUCAGCGUUAUACGUUCAAUUUUUACGGAACGUUUUUUCCGUAAGAGUUAAAGUACAGACAGCACUUUUGACAUCAUUUUGACCUCUUUCUCGUACUUAUCUUACAGCGUACUUUUUGACAUUUUUCUCUCGUACUUAAACUCAAAUAGUUGUACUUACGCAUAAUGCAGCAAAAUAAAAUAUAAUGUUUACAAAAUGAAAAACUAUGCCGACAUAUACGUAUUGCACAUGCGACGCAACGCGUAUCCAUGUAUCUAUCUAGCAGAGAGCAAAUAAAAUAUCUAAAGUGCAAUUACAGUACGUAACUUUUGCAAGUACGUAAUUUUUGCAAAAAAAAAAAAAAAUAAAUAAUUGUUGCAAGUUGUUAAAUGUACUUUUAAUCGAAUUAUAUAUAGUACAAUAAAUAUUUGCUGCGAUAACAUAAAAAUAAAUCACGUUAAAAUGGAUUGUUUUAUAAAUAAAACAUCUUCACAUUCAAACUUUUUAACUUGAAUAUUUAGUGGUAUUCAGUUUAAAACACAUGUCGUGUUUGAAAAAAAAAAGUAAGUUGUGUGAAAGAUAUAGAUUUUUACCAAUUGUUAUCUGUUUAAAAUUGUUAUUCGAAAGGUAAUAUGAUGCCGUCGAUCUCUUUGUUUGUCAAAUGUACAACUAUGUGUAUUCCUCAUUUUCAAUAAACGUGACAAUAUUACACCAACGA